AUGGCGGUUGGGGACGUCACUUUCUCGUCUGAUGACACCGUCAAGAAGUCCCCAAACGACCAGCGGUUGUACAGAUACAUUGAGCUUCAGAAUGGUCUCUGUGCUCUGCUUGUUCACGAUCCUGAAAUUUAUGCCCCAGGACCAGUAAAAGCUUCUGGAAACUCCCAAGGAACUGAAGAUGAUGAAGAAGAAGAAUCUGACUAUGAGGACGAAGAAGAAGAUGAAGAGGGGGACGAUGAAGGAGAAGAAGGAGAUGGAGAUGAUGAAGAUGAAUCGGAAGGUGAAGAAGGGAAUGAAGAUAAGAAGGACUCCUCUCAUAAGAAGGCAGCCGCCGCUAUGUGUGUAGGAAUGGGCAGCUUCUUGGAUCCGUAUGAGGCACAGGGUCUUGCGCAUUUCCUUGAGCACAUGCUAUUUAUGGGGAGUACUGAAUUCCCAGAUGAGAAUGAGUAUGACAGUUACUUGUCCAAGCAUGGGGGCUCCUCUAAUGCAUAUACAGAGACAGAGCAUACUUGCUACCAUUUUGAGGUUAAAAGAGAGUUUCUUUAUGGUGCCUUAAAGAGGUUCUCUCAGUUUUUUGUUUCACCUUUAGUAAAGGCUGAAGCCAUGGAGCGUGAGGUACUUGCUGUUGAUUCAGAAUUUAAUCAGGUGUUGCAAAAUGAUUCAUGCCGCCUACAGCAAUUGCAGUGCCAUACAUCUGCUCCUGGUCAUCCUUUUAAUCGAUUUUUUUGGGGGAAUAAGAAGAGCCUUUCUGAUGCCACGGAGAGGGGAGUCAACUUAAGGGAGCAGAUUUUCAAAUUAUAUCAUGAUAAUUACUAUGGCAAAAAGAUGAAACUAGUUAUCAUAGGGGGAGAGACUCUAGAUGUCCUUGAGAGUUGGGUUCUUGAAUUAUUUAGCACUGUCAAGAAAGGCGAUAUGGUAAAAUCCAGUUCCAGACUGGAAACUCCUAUCUGGAAAGCUGGCAAGCUUUAUUGGUUAGAGGCAGUUAAAGAUGUUCAUAUCCUAGAAUUAUCGUGGACAUUGCCUUCUCUUCGGAAGGAUUAUUUGAGGAAAGCUGAAGACUAUUUGGCACAUCUACUUGGGCAUGAGGGCAGAGGGAGUUUGCUUUUCUUCUUAAAAACCAAAGGCUGGGUUACCUCCAUAUCUGCUGGUGUUGGAGAUGAAGGAAUGCAUAGGUCCUCAAUAGCUUACAUCUUUGGCAUGUCAAUACACCUAACAGACUCUGGCUUGACAAAGAUAUUUGAGAUCAUUGGUUUUGUCUAUCAAUACCUCAAGUUAUUGCGGGAAGUUUCCCCACAGGAAUGGAUAUUUAAGGAACUCCAAGAUAUUGGGUUAAUGGAAUUCAGAUUUAUAGAGGAAGAGCCUCAAGAUGAAUAUGCUGCAGAACUUGCAGAGAAUUUGCUUGUUUAUCCUCCUGAAGAUGUUGUUUAUGGUGACUAUGCAUAUGAGAUUUGGGAUGAGCAGUUGAUAAAGUACAUUUUGGGUUUCUUCAGGGCAGACAAUAUGAGAGUUGACAUAGUAACGAAGUCAUUAAAUAAUUCUAGCGAUGUUCAAUGUGAACCAUGGUUUGGAUCACAAUAUGUUGAAGAAUAUAUACCCUCAUCUCUGUUGGAAUUGUGGAAGGAUCCUCCAGAGAUUGAUGUGUCACUACAUUUACCUGCAAAGAAUGAUUUUAUUCCAUCAGAUUUUUCAAUUCGUGCUGACACAAUAUCUUGUGAUGGAGGGAACGCUCCAAAAUGCAUUCUUGAUGAACCCUUGAUGAAGUUUUGGUACAAGCUGGAUAAAACUUUUAAGCUUCCUCGUGCCAAUACUUAUUUCCGUGUUACCCUUAAAGGGGCCUACAGUAAUUUGAGAAAUGCUCUACUGACUGAAUUAUUUGUCCUCCUUUUAAAAGAUGAGCUGAAUGAGAUUGUCUAUCAGGCUAGUGUGGCCAAAUUAGAAACUUCUGUUUCCUUGUAUGGUGACAAGUUGGAGCUAAAAGUGUACGGUUUUAAUGAUAAGCUACCAGUUCUUUUAUCAAAAGUUUUGGCAGUGACCAAGUCUUUCUCACCUAAAGAUGACCGCUUUUUGGUCAUUAAGGAAGAUAUGGAAAGAACUUUGAAGAACACCAACAUGAAGCCUUUGAAUCAUGCAUCAUACUUGAGACUCCAAGUUUUGUGCAAGAGCUUCUGGGAUGUGGAGGAGAAGCUAUACUUAUUAAAUAACUUAUCUCUUGCCGAUCUGAAGGCUUUUCUUCCAGAUCUUCUUUCCCAGUUAUAUAUUGAGGGUCUUUGCCAUGGCAAUAUGCUGGAAGAAGAAGCUGUAAAUAUAUCAAGUAUAUUUACAAGUUAUUUCUCUGUACCACCACUACCGGCUGAAAUGAGGCAUGAAGAGUAUGUUAUGUGUCUUCCUUCUGGUGCUGACCUGGUUAGAGAUGUACGAGUGAAAAAUAAACUGGAUACAAACUCAGUGGUUGAGCUCUAUUUUCAGAUUGAACCUGAAGUAGGCUCUGAAUUGAUCAAACUAAAAGCACUGGUAGAUCUUUUUGAUGAAAUUGUGGAAGAACCACUCUUUGAUCGGCUAAGGACAAAGGAGCAACUUGGGUAUGUUGUUGAUUGUAGCCCGAGGGUAACAUACCGCAUAUUGGGCUUUUGCUUUCGAGUUCAGUCUUCUGAGUAUGACCCUAUAUACUUGCAAGGAAGGAUUGAUAACUUCAUAAAUGACGCAAAAGAGAUAUUGGAUAACCUUGAUGACGACUCUUUUGAAAGUUUCAAAAGUGGGCUUAUGGCAAAGCUUCUUGAGAAAGAUCCAUCUCUUUCAUAUGAAACAAAUCGUCUAUGGGGUCAAAUCGUAGAUAAAAGGUAUAUGUUCGACUUGUCCGAGAAGGAAGCAGAAGAGCUUAAAAGCAUUCGCAAAAGUGACUUGAUCGAGUGGUACCAUACUUAUUUAAAACAACCGUUUCCCAAAUGUAGAAGGCUUGCUGUGCGUGUUUGGGGUUGCAACACCCAACGGAAAGACACUGAUGCCGGUGUGGAACCUGCUAAGGUCAUCAAAGAUCCGACAGCCUUCAAGAAGUCAUCUGAGUUCUAUCCAAGCUUUUGUUAAAAACUUCAAAUUAUGUCACCAUAGUUUUUUUUGUUAACAGGUAGUGCAGAGAACCAUUUUACAGGACUAGUGAAAUAUGCUGCAGCUUGCAGUGGACUAUAUCCAAUUUUAUGCUUGGCAGUUGGCAAAAAAGAUAUUUAAACAAGACAGUUGUUUGAGUAUUGAGGAGUAUACCUUUGUCUGCCUUUACUGAAAGUCAA